AUGGCUGCUGCACAAACGCCAAGAGAUUUAAUCACCACAAAAACAACAACAGUAACAGCAACAACAAUAACAACAAAUGCGGCGAUACCAUCAUCAACAUUGUCUUUAUUGAAACCGGGAAAUGGUAGUGUUAGUGGUGGGACAAUAGAAUGUCCAAAUUGUGAUAAGAAAUUGUUGCCCCAUGAAGUGGCUGGUCAUGUCAAUGAAGAAAUGCAACGUCUCAAACAAACGCCAAUAACAACAACAACGGCGAUAGCAAUGCGUAGUACUGCCUCGGAUGAGCUAUUGGAUCCUCAUGAGGACACGGCAACAUCAUCAUCAAAUGAUGCCGGAACCACAUCAUCAUCAUCUUCGACAACAGCAACAGCCAAUGAAAAACGUAAACCCUGGUCAGUAUUUCAAAGGGUACAAAGGAACCGCCAGUCACGCAUGAAGCGUAACCGCAAACGUCCUGUCCUACCCGAACAUCCAUGCCCUGUGUGUAAUGUAAAUUUCCCCCAAGAUGAAAUCCAACAACAUGCCGAAGAGUGUUUGCGUCGCAGUAAUCGCACCGCAAAUGGACGCAGCAACAGUGCCGAUGAUCAUUCCAGUAACGAUGAUGAACCUGGCGAGGAAUACGAAGAAUAUGAAUGGGCCGGACAGAAACGUAUACGUGUCUCAAGUUUACUACAAGGUGGCUAUGCUGCCAUAGGCAUUGGUCAAAUUAUUACCAAUGGUAGUGGUAGCAGCAGCAAUCGUCUGAAUGGAGCAGCGGCAGCAGAUGAGGAUGAAGAAGAUCUCAAUGUGGAUGAAGAUGAUACCCACAUAUAUGGUCCAUCACAAUAUGGUGAAAAUGAUGUCAUACCCUCACACAUCAUGGAUGAGGAUGAAAGUGAUGUCACAUCGUACAUGCGGCGUUUGAUUACGGCAGGUACUUCGCAGACUUGUUCGACCAACCGGACGACAAACACUAACACCACAGAUAGUUGCAAUUUGAAUACAUCUUCCUCCGCCGCUUCGUCAUCGUCCUCGACUAUAAUUAAAAAUAAUGACAUUAGUAUAGAAUACCAAGCGACGGCAUCUACAACAACCACACCGUCAUCAUCAUCCACAAUGUUGCCACAGACAACAGCAUCCUCGUGCUCCUCAGCUCUGGUGGCGGACGUUCUAAACAACGACGUUCAAAACGAACCCAAAACGCCUGCUCAAUAUCAACAAAUUAUUGAUUCCCUAAAGGCCAAGUUGCGUCACAACGAACAACAGUACAUACCCGGAAAAUAUAAAUGUCUCAUCUGUUUGGAUGACUAUCGGAAUCCGGCAAUUUCGGUGGCCUGUUGGCAUGUCCAUUGUGAACAAUGUUGGUUACGUUCGUUGGGCGCCCGUAAACUGUGUCCCCAGUGUAAUUUAAUUACAACACCCAAAGAUUUAAGACGCAUCUAUAUGUAA